CUCACAUUUCCCCUCCGUCACAUAGAGACUCGUAGCUUUCUUUACCAAGGCAUCUGAUGACUACUGCUGAAAUAUCUCUGUAUCUUGUAUUCUUAUUUAUAUACUACUUACGCACCACACAGACGAUUAUGUUUUACUCUUUAGCGGGGGAUUUUUCAAAUACAAACGCACCAAGAUGUUCUCAGCGGUAAGGCAUCCCAUUCGACUAGGCGCUGUUCUUUCUUCCCCAUUAAAACGUGUCAGUGUAGAAAGAUAUCUACCGUUCGUUCAAGAAACACCAACAGUUACAGUACCGCGUGGUUCGAAGGUGGGACAUGAUUCAACGAGACACCCAACACCCUGUCACUCUGGCCCGUCGGGCCAGAUGGACAAGGGUGUCGCGCCCAUAAUGCAAGGCUCCUGGAAUUACGUCUAUGUCAGUUAGUUCGCCCUUGUCUUCUCCCUCGUACUAUAGAUUGUCUUGAGGUCAGAUAUUACCUUGACUGGUGCCAACUUGAAUUUUUAGUCCUUAGGGGCCAUUAGAGUUCAGCACUACCAGAGCAUAUGUCGAAUAUGUCGACCAAAUAUUCUCCCAAACGGGGAAGCCCUGCGACAUCGAUAAUAGUCACGGCGAGUUCUAUAGAGCAAAGUAGGUGAUAUAUCUGUCGAUAAGGAACGAGUGUCGCAGACACCAAGGCCCUGCGGCCUGAGUUUCAAAAUGGAGGGUAUGCUGCGACAGGUGCCUGGUAUUCACUAUUA